AUGCUCGCCAACUUGGCCAAGGACGAGCGGCCGCCGAUCCAGAAAUAUGUGCUGCAGAUCCUCGGACAGUUGACGGAUAACAAAGAAGACUGUGCGCUGCUCGGCGCCGUCCCCGGCUUCCUGCCAUCCCUUUUUACCGCUCAAGAGGUCCAGGCGUCUGUCUCGCUGACGUAUUCGGCGAAUCUGAUGACUGUUUGCAGCCGAAUUCAAAGCACCCUUCCGCCAAAGAGGACUGUCAUUACCGCAGCUUCCGGUGAUGAGCCUGCUAAGAGAAAUUUCCUGGCACGCCGGGGACGCCAGCUGGUCUUCGAGAUGGACGAUGCUAACGAGGAUCUUUGUGCCCGUGUGAAAGCAGUAAGCCUGGAGAAAUACCGCGGCAAGGGUCUCAUCAGCAUCCACUUUGACAUGGAAAAGGGCAGAGCCGUCUUUUUCACCACCCAGGCGAUUGGCCCCAAGGAGAUUUGCGAGGUGUUCUUCGAUUGCGGCUGUGAAGUCGUGUCGCAAGUCGUCAGGAUUGAUGGUGUGGAAGAGCGUUUUGCGAUGUACGCAAGUGAGCGCGAGCAACGCGUCGAAAAGAACGUGAUGCCUUUGCCGGACUACCUUGACGAGCAUCCCACCAAUUUCGACCCGUCCAGCACCCUGGUCCCCAAGGAACAUGCCGAGCGCAACGGUUGGAUAUCGUCGGUGGCCAGCUACGUGAAAUGGUGG